AUGGUUGAGUGGAGUUUUAUUGAGGACAUGCUCGCCCAUCUAGGAUUUCCUAAUCAUUUCAUUGAGAUGGUGAUGACAUGCAUUACUACUCCUGCCUAUUCUAUGAUCAUCAAUGGUAAUCCUACUCCUCUUAUCCUACCUAAAAGAGGACUCAGACAAGGUGAUCCACUUUCCUCUCUUCUGUUCACCAUUUGUAUGGAAUAUGGGACGAGAAUUCUUCAGCAAGUGACCUCCAUCCCUGGCUUUAAGUUCCACCCAAGAUGCAAAGCUCUCAGAUUGAAUAACCUAUGGUUCGCAGAUGAUAUGUUACUAUUUUGUAGUGGUGAUAUUGACUCCAUUGCCAUGAUGAUCAGUGGUCUUAAGCUUUUCUCAGAGACCACAGGCCUGCAGAUUAGUGCGGAAAAGUCAGAAAUUUAUCUUGCAGGUAUGUCAACAUUGGAACGGGAGAUGAUUGCCAAGAUUUCGGGCUUUAGAAUCGGUAAGCUUCCUUUCACUUACCUCGGGGUCCCAAUGGACACCAAGAAGAUCACUCCCAAGGAGUGUGAAGUCCUCACUGACAAAAUGUGUAAGAGGAUCAAGCUAUGGAGUUCUCGAAAUCUUUCGUACAGUGGUAGAUUACAACUGGUAAAUUCUAUUCUUAUUUCUAUCUGUACGUAUUGGACUCAGAUUUUCAUUCUUCCGAAAACAGUCAUCUCUAGAAUUAAUAGCAUGUGUCAACACUUUCUCUGGCAUGGUGUUUACGAUAGCUCUAAACAUGGGAAUAUUGCUUGGGACAAUCUUUGUAUUCCAAAAAAACAAGGGGGUCUGAAUAUCAGGAAUCUCUGGUUAUGGAACAAGGCAGCUAUUGGUAAACAAAUUUGGUCCAUAUGCCAAAAGAAGGACAAUUUGUGGGUUAAAUGGGUUCAUGCGCUGCCCAGCACGCAUUAUAGUAUCAAGAGUGUGUAUAUUCAGCUUCGUCCUAAUGGAAUCAGCGUUCCAUGGAGCAAUCCUGUUUGGUGCAGAUUCUCUGUGCCCAAACAUCGCUUCAUCAUAUGGUUAACUAUGAGAAGAAGACUAUUCACGAAAGACAGACUUCUUAACUUCAAUUUGGUGGAUGAUACUACUUGUGUACUUUGCAAAACUGAUAUUGAAACUCAUGAUCACUUGUUCUUUAAUUGUUGUUAUAGUGCUGUUAUUUUGAAACAGGUUAUGCAGUGGCUCGGCUGUAAUUUCCAGACCCGCUCGCUGCAACACCUUCUACAAAAAGGAUGGAACAUAAAGGGAAACACAUUGAAGAAGCUCACGGUCUUGGUGGCCAUUGCAGCCACGGUGUAUGCAAUCUGGAAGAUCAGGAAUAAUAUAAUCUGGAGGCACAAAGAUGCAACAACCGCUACAAAGAUGAUUUAUCAUAUCAAGUGGAUCGUAAAGAAUAGAAUGCUCCAAUUGUGUAAUGAUAAUUAUAGACAUAUCGAAUGGCUCAAAGCUUUGUAA